UCACCAUAAUAUCUACUAUAAAACUCGAAAAAUGGCUUCUUCAGCCGCUCAGAUUAACAUUCACGGUGGAACUGGAUUGGCUGCUUGUUCAUCUUCCAAGAGGAAUCUCAAUGGUAAAGUCAGUUUCAUGCCGAGAAGCGCCUUCUUCGGCACUAGAAACAGUACUUUCACUACCCCAACUUCUGCUUUCCUGAGAAUGAGUAUCAGAAACGGCUGUCCAGUGCGAGUGGUCAACGAGAAGGUUGUGGGAAUCGAUUUGGGAACGACUAACUCCGCUGUAGCUGUCAUGGAAGGAGGAAAGCCCAUGAUUGUGACGAACGCUGAAGGUCAGAGGACGACUCCGUCCGUGGUGGCUUACACUAAGAGCGGUGACCUGCUUGUCGGGCAAGUUGCGAAGAGGCAAGCUGUUGUUAAUCCAGAGAACACUUUCUCCUCGGUGAAGAGGUUUAUUGGUAGGACGAUGAACGAGGUAGACGAGGAGUCUAAGCAGGUUUCGUAUAGAGUUGUUAAAGAUGAGAACGGAAACAUCAAGCUUGAGUGUCCCGCCAUUGGUAAACAGUUUGCCGCUGAGGAAAUCUCAGCUCAGGUUUUGAGGAAACUUGUGGAUGAUGCCUCGAGACUCUUGAACCAAAAAGUGACCAAGGCUGUCAUCACUGUGCCUGCUUACUUUAAUGACUCACAGAUGACAGCUAUUAAAGAUGCUGGUCGCAUCGCAGAGCUUGAUGUUCUUCGAAUUAUCAAUGAGCCCACUGCUGCUUCUUUGGCUUAUGCUUUUGAAAGGAAAAGCAAUGAGACAAUUCUUGUCUUUGAUCUUGGUGGUGGUACUUUUGAUGUCUGUGGUACUUGACAUUAAACUGUUGCUAUGUAUAUAUAUAUAUAUAUUUAUUUUUUUUGGUUUCUACUGACACUUUUGUAUCAACAUCUUGUUAUGUUUAUUGACCAUGAUUAACCCGUC